AUGCUGCAGACCCAAUCCUUGUCUCAACGGAGGGUAUGUCAGGAGAUCUGUGACACCCACGGCAUCCGCUUUUCUUGUGGCUGUCCCAACAAAUAUACUGGUCAGCGGUGUGAGAGGACAAAGCUGAAGAGUUGUGAGGACAUCGUCAAGUACGGUGCCUUGACAUCAGGAGAAUACGAGAUCUUUAAUUCAAACAAUGACCCGUUUUCUGUUUACUGUGACUUGCAGUCUGAACCAAGUUUUGUAUGGACACUGAUACAAUCGUUUUCCUUGGCUAAAAAAGAUACCUUUGAGAAUAAACCUUUUGGCGUAAAUUUUGAGAUUAAUAAUGACAAAAAAAAAGUGGAUUGGAACGGGUACCGAUUAUCCUUAUCACAGAUGAAGUCUCUUGCUGAUCACUCCACACAUCUGAGAGCAACUUGUAACUUUUUUACAGAUGGUCUGCAGCAUACGGACUACGCACGCGCAAAACUGGCAGGUCAUGACAUCUUUGGUAACUGGACCAUCUGUCAGAUG